UAGCAGCCAUAAUAUUUGUUUUCGCAGUUAUGAUAAUAUUGUACUACCCUACUGUUUGCCCAGCAGUCACUCGGUUUACAACGGACACGGUAGACAGCUCCGGAAAGUAUCGUAAAGGACCAACGUAGUAGUGUCGGCGCUACCAUGAUUUCUUGUACGUUAUUACUCGUUGUAGUAAGUUUCUUCGUUAGUGCCAAAGAAACCGCUGCUAAUAGGCAUUUCAGACAAAGUCCUUCGUUCGGCAAUUAUUUCGCGGACAAGAGACGACCUCUGCUACAGACCCGAGAAUACGAUUCGAAUUUCUGGAUGGGACGCGGUAUGUUCGAUCUGAAUCGUCGACUGAAAGUGUUGGAAAGUCCAAUCGUCGGCAGAGCUAAAAACAUCGUCUUCUUUUUGGGCGACGGUAUGUCCUUAUCCACGGUGACUGCGGCAAGAGUUUACAUGGAACAGACGUCAGGCAGUUCGUUCCCAAAUGGCAACGCCUCUUUGUCUUUUGAAUAUUUCCCAUACACGGGUCUAGCUAGAACCUAUUGUGUAGAUAAACAAGUGGCCGACUCUGCUUGUUCGUCCACGGCUUAUAUGACCGGCGUCAAAGCGAAUUCAGGCACAUUGGGUGUAACGGGUGCCGUCCGAGAGAACGACUGCGAAUCUUCGUUAGAAGCCAAAAAUCGAGUUGACUCGAUUCUACAAUGGGCUCAAAAGGCUGGGAAAUCGACAGGGAUCGUAACAACAACCAGAGUCACCCACGCUUCUCCUGCCGGCGGUUACGCCCAUUCUGCCAACAGGGAUUGGGAGAGUAGUGCACCCGGAGACUGUUUAGACAUUGCUCAACAAUUAGUCACCCAAGAACCCGGGAUAGAGUUAGAUGUGAUAAUGGGGGGAGGUCGGCAAGAGUUCCUGCCAAAAUACAUUAACGGCAACCGCGAAGACGGUCGAGAUUUGAUUGCAGAGUGGAAGAUCCGGAUGAAGAAGAACAAUCAGAGAUACGACUACGUGAGAAACAAAACGGAGCUGUCCAAUUUGAACUUAAACAACGUGGACAAGCUUCUGGGUUUGUUUUCGAUGAGCCACAUGUCGUACACGGGCACCAAAGAGCUGGAAAGAGACGAACCGUCUCUCAGUGAAAUGACUUUGGCGGCCAUCGAAGUGUUGCGGAAGAACAACAACGGAUACGUGCUAUUCGUCGAAGGCGGCAGAAUCGAUCAUGCGCACCAUCAAAAUCUAGCACACAUGGCCCUGACUGAGACGAUAGCGUUUUCCAAAGCCGUAGACGUUGCCGACACGAUAACCAAUCCGAAGAACACGCUGAUCGUGGUCACGUCAGACCAUUCGCACACCAUGACCAUAAACGGAUAUCCAGCCAGGGAGGAUUCAAUCAUCGGUGAAGUAGACCGCGAAGAAGGGCCUUAUUCGAUAUUGAGCUAUGCCAAUGGGCCGUCUGCGUCGGCGCAGUCUUACAGAAAACAGAUGUCUAAGUAUGGUGAAAGUUUUGCACUCUAUCCGUCCUUAGUGCCAAUGUCAACAGAAACACACGGUGGGGAAGACGUGGCCGUAUGGGCUCGGGGACCAUGGGCUCACUUGUUUGUCGGCAGUUUUGAACAAAACAUGUUACCUUUGAUUAUGUCUUAUGCUUCUUGCAUAGGACCAAACAAAGAGAAAUGCUCAAAUAGAUAGUUUAUAUCAAUUGAGUAUCUAUCCAUUUGUUAACUUUUUUAUUAUGUUGUGAUUACCAGUUGUUA